AUGGAGAUUCAAGCACAUCUCAUGCAUCACAAUCCGUACGAUAUAGUGAAAGCCGAGGAGCCAUCGACGCCUCCAAAGUCGAAAGCAACACUGUGCCCCUCGACGGACAUGCUCUUCAGCGUGUCCAAUUUCAAUAUCCAGUCAAAUUUCUGCCCACAAGUUAACAAUAACCAUGAUCCGCUCAAUAAUAACCAUGUGAAGAUCAACUCCAAUGGGAGAACCUUGGCGGCAGACCGUAAGCGGCCAUAUCCGUGCAAUUUGUGCACGUCACGAUUCGGCAGCAAAAUGGAGCUCGAAGAGCACCAGAACAGCCAUACCGGAAUGAAACCAUUUGAAUGUGAUGUGUGCAAAGCACGAUUCAAUCGUCGAUCGACGUUAUGGAAUCACAAGCGAAUUCACUCGGACGCGAAACCGUUCGUGUGCACGGUGUGCCAGAUGACGUUCAAGUGGAAAAACAGCUUAAAGUGCCACAAAGAGAUGCAUAUGAGAAAGAACGAAUCCACUCCACACAUCGACAACGAUCUGCGCCAACUAACGUAUGCGACGGCCGCUAAACGGAAGCUGGUUGGUUUCUUGAACGUGGUACAUGAGCAUGCUGAGGCUCAUUCGAUGUCACGUAAGAACCUUCUCUCAUGCGUUCAGAUGAUGGAGCAGGAGGAGCAAGGCAAUCCGGCCACGUCAUCUGCGUCGUCCAUUCAUAGCCAACCGUUGAUCACGACAACGACGCCUAAGAAGAAAACAAAUAAGAACUCGUUUUUCAACGCAACUCUUCCUUCAUACUUCGAAAACACACUUCAGAGUGCUCUGAUACCGCCGUCAGAUCAUCAAUUGGAUCUGGACACGAGCUCAUUGGACACUCUUGUAAAUAGCAAUAACAAUCUCUUGAUGCACAUCUAUAACAGUGAAAUGGAUCCCUCACUGACGUCGCGCCAUCCAAAUCCGAUGCUGAACAGCAUCGACGACAAUAUGUUGAAUUCGCAAUUAUUAGGAGAUAUUAAAAAUGAACCUUCCGUACAUCAUCUGACGUCUACAUCGUUGCCGGUUUCGGUACCAAUGGAUUACAGUAUCCACAAUGAGACGCCAAAUGUUGCUCAUCCGCAGUACAUUGUCACCACUCAACCGGAUAUGAUGUUACCGCAAGGCAUCGGCUAUCAGCAUCACGGGCUGGAUCAGUGCGUGAUAUUGACGACGGGCCACGAUUAUGUGCCCAAUUUCGACUACCCGAUGAUCGGCAACUAUCAAAUGCAAACCGAACAGCAUGAAGCUCAACAGUCGGCUCACGACUCUAAUGACGAGAAGAUUGUCCCAUAUGAACAAUGGUAG